AUGGGUAACAACUUCUCUAGUAUCCCCUCUCUGCCCAGAGGAAACCCGAGCCGGGCGCCGCGGGGCCACCCCCAAAACCUCAAAGACUCCAUCGGGGGCCCCUUCCCUGUCACCUCUCACCGAUGCCACCACAAGCAGAAGUACUGCCCGCCGGUGCUGCCCGGCGGGGGGCUCCCGGCCACGCCACUGCUCUUCCACCCACAUACCAAGGGCUCCCAGAUCCUCAUGGACCUCAGCCACAAGGCCGUCAAGAGGCAGGCCAGCUUCUGCAAUGCCAUCACCUUCAGUAACCGCCCGGUCCUCAUCUAUGAGCAAGUCAGGCUGAAGAUCACCAAGAAGCAGUGCUGCUGGAGUGGGGCGCUGCGGCUAGGCUUCACGAGCAAGGACCCGUCCCGUAUCCACCCUGACUCACUGCCCAAGUACGCCUGCCCUGACCUGGUGUCCCAGAGCGGCUUCUGGGCCAAGGCGCUGCCCGAGGAGUUUGCCAACGAGGGCAACAUCAUCGCCUUCUGGGUGGACAAGAAGGGCCGUGUUUUCUACCGCAUCAACGACUCGGCCACCAUGCUCUUCUUCAAUGGGGUCCGCACAGCCGACCCGCUCUGGGCCCUGGUGGACGUCUACGGCCUCACGCGGGGUGUCCAGCUACUUGACAGCGAGCUGGUGCUCCCGGACUGCCUGCGGCCGCGCUCCUUCACCGCCCUGCGGCGGCCGUCGCUGCGACGUGAGGCCGAGGAAGCGCGCCUCUCCGUGAGCCUGUGCGACCUCAACGUGCCGGGCGCGGACGGCGACGAGACCGCGCCGGCCGCUGGCUGCCCCAUCCCGCAGAACUCGCUCAACUCCCAGCACAGCCGCGCUCUGCCAGCGCAGCUCGACGGUGACCUGCGCUUCCAUGCGCUGCGCGCCGGGGCACACGUCCGCAUCCUGGACGAGCAGACGGUGGCGCGCCUGGAGCACGGGCGCGACGAGCGCGCGCUCGUCUUCACCAGCCGGCCCUUGCGCGUGGCCGAGACCAUCUUCGUCAAGGUCACGCGUUCGGGCGGCGCGCGGCCUGGCGCGCUCUCCUUCGGCGUCACCACGUGCGACCCCGGCACGCUGCGGCCAGCCGACCUGCCUUUCAGCCCCGAGGCACUGGUGGACCGUAAGGAGUUCUGGGCCGUGUGCCGCGUACCCGGGCCCCUGCACAGCGGCGACAUCCUGGGCCUGGUGGUCAACCCCGACGGUGAGCUGCACCUCAGCCACAAUGGCUCCGCGGCGGGCAUGCAGCUGUGCGUGGACGCCUCGCAGCCACUCUGGAUGCUCUUCGGCCUGCACGGGGCCAUCACACAGAUCCGCAUCCUCGGCUCCACCAUCCUGGCAGAGCGGGGCAUCCCAUCACUCUCCUGCUCCCCUGCCUCCACACCAACCUCGCCCAGCGCCCUGGGCAUCCGCCUCUCUGACCCCUUGCUCAGCACAUGCAGCUCUGGACCUCUGGGGAACUCUGCUGGCGGGACGGCCCCCAACUCACCGGUGAGCCUGCCAGAGUCGCCAGUGACUCCAGGCGGGGGCCCGUGGAGCGAUGAGUGCACCAUUUGCUAUGAGCACGCGGUGGACACGGUCAUCUACACAUGCGGCCACAUGUGCCUCUGCUAUGCCUGUGGCCUGCGCCUCAAGAAGGCUCUACACGCCUGCUGCCCCAUCUGCCGCCGCCCCAUCAAGGACAUCAUCAAGACCUACCGCAGCUCCUAGCCCGUCGUGGUGCCCUACCCCUCACGCCCACCUCCUCAGACUCCGGCCCAGCUCUACCUGAGGGGCAAGUCAACAGGGCCCCUUCUCUUCUUCCUCAUUUUGGAAAUUCUUUUCCCUUCUCGUUAAACAUGGGAAACAGCCCCCGAAGGUUUGGGGAGGAAGGGGUGUCAGGCAGGGAGGUGGGGGUAGAAGCCAAUCGCCUGCUCUUCCCUGCACGCCGAAGGGCUAAACCGGGGUCUCAGCUUCUCCUGAUCCUUCCCCAUCCGGGGUAGAUUCCCAGGAGGUCCUUCUAGCCUGUGUGGCACCUUUGUGAGAAUUAGAAAGUGUGUCCCUUCCUCUGGGCAGAUGUGGCCCUGAGCCCAGACAUGGGGCUUGGCUAGUGGAGUGUGGACUUGGACUUCAGCCUCCAUUUUCUCCCUCAGCCAACUGCCCUUGAGCAGUGCACAACCUGUGCAACAGCAGCCCCAGGCAGGCAGCUCCUGAGCUGCUGCCUUACUCUCUGACCUACACCUACCUUCUCCUUCCUUUCUUCCCUGCCCCUUGGGCCUGGAAGCCAGGGGUAAGAAGGCCAGUGGAUACCUCUCAUGUCCUGGGCAGGCUGCAGCCUCCAUGCCAUGUCCAUCUCCCACUCACCCUGGAUGGGUGGACCGACAGGCUACAGAAGCCUCCAGGUUCUGGGUCCCUAGCCCCCCUGGCCUGGUUGAGAUGUGGAGGGCCCCUUUCUGGUCAUAGCCUGUCUGCCGCAGUCAUCUUGCUGGAUGCUGCUGCCCAGGGGCAGCCCCUUGGCGUGGGCUGGAGAUCAGGGUCUGUCUUCUGUCAGGCUCUCUUAAGAACAGGUUUGCAGCUACCCUCUGUGACCUCUCCUCCCCCAUUUCAGUGCUAUUCUGGGCCGGGCUGAUACUCAUAGAGGCUGUAGCAUCCCCUACAGGAGAGGGCAGGGCCCUGGGUUGGGAGUAGGGAUUCCCUGGAGUAAGAACAGGCUUUUUCUGUAUUUUAAUUUAUUUAUUUAUUGGGUUUGUAGGGGUUAUUUGGCAGGGGGUGGGGACUGAAUUCCCAUCCCCCAGACCCCUAGAAAUGCUGCCCUGGUGGACGGAGUGCCUGGUUAGAGGGGUCAGCAGAGGUAGUCAUCACUCAAAAUCUUCCCCAGACUGCAGCCCAGAAGUCCAUAGCCAGCUCUGCUUACCAUGAAGUAGAACUCCAAAGGGGCUGAAGUGGGAGGCCUUCUGACAAAUUGUAUCCCUUUUAUAGAGAGGGCAGCAGAGCCUCUGCAGUGCCCUGGGACUAGGGGAUCACCCCAGAGCCACAGAAUGCCCUUCUUCUUGGUCUGGAGCAGGGUUAUCAUAAUUGGCUCAUUAGACAUCACGAGGCCCAGGAGUUCCCUCCUCCAUAAGGACAUAACGUUCUGGGCAGGCUGAGGGAGGGAAGGCCAGCUGGCCUCAUCAUUGUAGGGGUAGGGAGCCUGCUCUUAGGCUGUCCGGUCCCAGGAAAGAGGAGAAGGGAAGGGGAUGGGUCCCAGCACCUCUAGGUUCUUAGUCCUGAUGCCGGGGUGAGGGAGUGCCCCCCGCAGCUGCUCUUAGGUUAUAGUCAUCUCAGCCCUGCACGCCCUGUCCUGAUAGGCCAUGGCUGGGGCCAGCUCUCAGAGUCCUGGCCUAGUCUCCCCCGAGCCUCCCGGCUCUCGUCCCCCUCAGAUAGUUUUUUACGCCUGUCGGAGACUGCUUUGCCGUAUGGCUGGCAGAGCGUGGGAUUCUGGACCUGGCCACUGACCAGUUGUGCGGCCCUGACCAGGUCAUAGCCUCUCUGAGCCUCAGCUGGCACCUCUAUAAAGUGAUUG